AUUUGUACGAGGCCGCACAACACGUGCGCCCUCCUCUCUCGUAGCAACCGCAUUCAAUACACACACCGAAGGAAUUCGCAAAAAAAAAACGUAAAAUUCCUAUCGUUUAGUUAAUAAUCAAUUAUGGUUACGAGAAAAAGGUCAACUAAGCGCAGCGCCCAUGUGGCUGCCAUUGACCAAGAAAACGAAAGCGAAAAUGACGGCGCCUCACAGCCCAAAGUGCCGAAGGAGCUGUUGGUAAUUGCACAGGAGGUGAAAAUAGUGCGUGCCCUCGCCUGCAAUGACUUAACAAAGCGCAAUCGUCAAAUCCGCAAACUGCGCAAAUGGUUCCAGCUGCGUGCUGUUAGCUCUUUUCCAUUUAAUGAGGACGACUUCAUGCGCAUAUGGAAGGGUCUGUACUACAAUGUUUGGAUGUCGGACAAACCGCUGGUGCAGGAAGAUCUAGCCGAGCAGUUGGCUCAGAUGGUGGAUAGCUUUGGCGGCAACACCGCCUGCAGCGUUGCGUAUUUCAGCGCAUUCAUGCGAACCAUGUGCCAGGAGUGGUUCGGCAUUGAUCAGUGGCGCAUGGAUAAAUUUCUGAUGCUUGUGCGUCGCAUGCUGCGCUAUAUGCUGCGCGUGCUAAAGAAAAGCAAAUGGUCACCGGAUCUGAUACAGACAUUCAAUACGAGCAUGCAGCAAUCAGUGCUUGCGGAUCAGCCGAAAUCCCGUGGCCUCACAAUGCACUACAUGGACGUCUUCUUUGAGGAGCUGGCCAAGGCGGCAAAUGAAGAGAUCAGUGCCGAGCAGGUUAAUCUAUUUGUUCGACCAUUCGUACACUAUAUGGGCACACAACGAGAUGCCAAACUGGUAGCCCAGUGUCGCACCCGAGUCCUCAACCAUUUGCUCUAUCAGAGCGAACUGGGUCGCGAGUACAGCGAGAAGUAUAAGGCAUGGAAGGAAAUGGGUUUUCCCAGCGCCUCAAUCGAUGAUGUUGAGAAGCUAGAUUCUGGCUUCGAUGAGGAAGAGGAGGAGGAGGGUGAGGAGCAGCAGCAGCAGCAGCAACAACCAGAGGCCAUAUCCCUCGAUCCACGCGCUGGAAAUGUGGAUGUGCUUAUGCCCGAACUGCCGUUCAAUGCGACUUGCGUGCUGGAUGAGCUGCAAACACUGCUGCGCAACAAUGAAUACAACAGCAAGCGUCGCAAGGGACUGCGAAAAAUCCAACACAUAUUCGAGACAUAUGCGGGUGGCGAGUUUCCACUGGGUGUGCGCAACAUGCCCAAGCCCGAAGGCACCACCAUGGCCGAUCUGGUUGAGCAGAAGAUUGCUGCUGCAGAUGAGUUUGAAGAGACGAGUUUUGGCACUGGCCGCAACCUAAAAAAGCUUAGCAAAUCCAAGCGUAAGCGUCUGCUCAAGUCUAUUAACUUUGAUGAGGUCGAUGAGGAUAACUUUGAUGAGAUCAUAAGCAAGGCGAUGUCACCCAAGCUGCAGAAGCAAGUGAAACGCAAUGAGAAGAUGCGUUCCAGCAUAAACAAUGCCUGGGUCAUUGAGGACUUGGAGGAGGAGCAGGAGGAGGUUGACGAUGUAAGUGCCGAGAAAAUACCGAAGCCAAACAAGAUCAAGCCAGUUAAAGAGCAAGUAAAAAAGGCCAAGAAGCAGUUAACACCAAAAGCUAAGGAGCCGAAACCCAAGAAAAAGCUCUCCGAACAGAAAUCGACAGCGGAAGAAGUGACUGAAACUGCACCAGUGCCAGUGGAAGUUCCACCGUCAACGCCAGCGUCAGCAUCAGCAUCAGCCCCAUCGGUAGCUGCACCAGCUGCAUCCACUGAAGAAGACAUGCCCAAGCCAAGCAACGGCUGGAAUGAGCCGCUCCAGCUUGGUGAAGAAGAAUAUUUUGUGCCGUCGCGCAUGGUGCAGCUGAAACAGGCCAAUAACAAACUUUUGCUUAAUCCACUCGCUGCUUCGGCCACGACCAAGACGAUAGUGCAGCGACAAAAGUUUGCCACGCCACAAAUGCCAAAAAGCAGCGGCAGUAAACGGGUGCGCAUUGUGACGAAGUGCAACAGCGCCUAUCCCAAAAGCGAUUACUAUCGUCAGCUGAAGUUGUCGCCGCAGGUGCCGUACGAUGCGAAUCGGCUGCCCGGCAAGAGCGCCCUCAAGCCACACGUGCUACCCGGUCCGAUUAAUCCUAGUUACACGAAGCGCAAGCGGCUGUUCAACGAUACGCUGUGACGUUGCGUAAACUGGCUGCGACUGGACUGGAUGGAGGAUUAAAUGAUGAACUGAGCGAUUUACCGAUCCGACUAGUAACCAAUUUCGAUAGUCUUUUAGCCCUACUCGAUGUGGACACAGGAUAGAUUCGAAUGCUUCUGUUAUAUGUGGACAGUUUAGCGAAUGCAAAUCGGGCAUUAGCUGGCAUAGUUAAGACGGUAUAUAAUAUGUACUAGAUAUUUUUACAUACACAUAUACAUAUGUAUUAGUAUGCUUAUUAUGUUUCCAUCAUUUUUUGCUUGUAGAUUAUUUUCAUGUUCAAUAUGCAACACAUUUUGAAUUCAUACUAAAAGUGGAAUAAAAUUAAAUAUAAAUGUGA